GGUUUUUGUAGUAAACUGAUCAAUAUUCGUAGCGCCACCGCCGCCACCGGCUGCAGGUGAUUUCAUAUUACGCGCGUUAUUUCCGUUUGACAAGUGUUUGGUGUCGAGUGUCCCGGUGGAUCUACGAGUGAAACGACGCUGAAAAUAUGGGUGUUACGAUAUUGCAACAGUAUCCCAUGGUAGAAAACAGAACGGGACCCCAGACGAUCGAAUUCUUGACGAAACGAAUCGUCGCCCUUGGAGCAGUGCAAACCGGACAGUUUUUGGUCGACUGUGAAACAUUCGUGUCGGUGCCGCAGCUCGGCGUUCAGCGGACACUUCACGUUCUCCACAAUUCGGAGCAGCCAGCGUCCGCGUUUGCUAUCUUGGAAUCGGGCAAUAAGAUGGUUCCACUGAUCGCCGAUGGUCUCUUCGACUUGCUGCUGUAUAAAAUGUCCAGCAUUUAUACGAACAAAAUGCAGAAGGUAGAGUCGAAGGGGCCUCGGUUCGAGAUCGGCGAUUUCUGCGUGAAACUUGGCAGCGUUACGAUUAAUCAGAACUUCAAAGGCGUCCUGGUCGAGGUGGAGUACAGACCUUGCGUUGUCCCCGGAAGUGCGUGGGAAUUGAUGCGCGAAUUCUUACAAGGGUUCCUUGGGUCCACCGUAUCCAAUCAGGCCCCACAGUAUUUACAGAAUCGGAUGAACGAUAUUUAUCAACCAUUGGACACGAUACAGCAGUACUUAGAACAUUUUGGUCAAUAUAGGAAAGCCACGGGUGUAAUUUAAGUACUUUUAUUUUAUUUUUUUACGCCGAUCAUUUAAAUCAAUUUUAUUUAUUCCUGAGUAUUCGUCGAUCUCCUUGUUAAUAAAGUUU